UUUAAAUCGUUCCUUUUUGUUGUUGAAAGAUUUGAGGUUAGUUUUCUGGCAAAUACUCUUAAAUCUGUAGUAAAACGUCAACCAGCCAACAGAACAACUUUAGCUUGUGAUCUGAAACGAUCU